GAGGUAGCUACCAUUGCCAUGGCCCGCAUCAUCGACCUGGUGCCCUGGGACGAUGGCUCCACCCACGUGUACGCAUCCCCGGCCAUCCUGCUCCCCACUGAGCGGAAACGCAACAUGCUGGCCGGUGUAAAGCAGCAGCUCUACCACCCGGCCCUGCCCACCCUGCGCCGCAUGGACAUGGACACCGUCAGGGCCUGCCUCUCGGAUGAGCACUGCCAGUCCAGCACCUACUGCAGCAAAGAUGAGUUUGACAAUGCCUACUUUACACUCCUCGGUGUCCCCAACAAGCCCCUGCAGUGCUUGGACAUCACCGCCACUGGCCAGAAACUCCAAGACAGGUACCGCGCGAGGAAGCUGGCUCCCAUCGCGCCAGGCAUCAACCAGGUCAACUGGCCCUGCUUCACGCGCGCCAUCGAAGACUGGUCCCACUUCGUGUCGUCGGCCGGCGAGUUCAAGCUGCCCUGCCCGGGCAAGAGGGUUGAGAGCUUCAGCGGCUAUGCCGUGCGGUACUUGAAGCCGGACGUGACCCAGAGCUGGCGGUAUUGCCUCAAUCAGAACCCCAGCCUGGACCGCUACGGACAGAAGCCCCUGCCUGCCGACUCCCUCAACGCUUUCCGACGCUUCAGCUCCCUCUACAGUCGUGUCAACUACCUGACCCCCUGGCAUUAACCUGUGAAAAAGAGGCUGACCCCUAGGCUGCCAGAUCAUGCCACCUCCAACCCCCCAGUGGGACAGGUUGUAUGGUGACACAACCCAUCUCCUCAGGAGUUCAGCCUGGCUAGAAAUAAACUUAAUGCUCCCACAGA